AUGGUUUCUACUUCUGACCACUUCAUCUUGUACAAAUUCAACCUUAAUUAUUCACAUUUUGUAGUAUACCAAAAUCACCAAAAUUAUUUGCUUAUCUGUGAUCAAAAAAAAUCUGAAAAACACAGAAUACAAAUCCACAAUCCAUCGGCAAAAACUUAUUUACUCUUGCUUUUUCUGUUUACAUUGGUAAAUCAAGUAGAGUUGCUUGUGUGCCCGGAAUCGAGUUGUACAGAGAAACUGCGUUAA